AUGUCUCUGUCCACGUCGCUCUCCACCCAUGCAGUCUGGACCUCUUCCAAGUCAAUGCCCAUUCCAGCCACAGAUAUCUUGACUUUUGCUUUCGCUAAUCUUGGCCAAUAUGACAAUGAGCAGCCGCUCUUUGUUGAUGCCAGUGACCCUACCAACUCCAUUUCAGCCCUGCGAGCAUUUCAAGUCGUACGGCGUCUCAUCAGAGGCCUCAAGGAUCUCGGAUUGCAAGAGGGGGAUUGUGUGUGCCUGCAUGCCUUUAACAACAUCUGGUAUCCCUUGAUUUGGCUAGGAAUAAUCGGAUCCGGGGCUUGUGUUUCUGGCACCAAUCCCGCUUACAGCUCCUCCGAACUUGUCCGGCACUUUAAGCUCACAAAGCCAAAGCUCAUCUUUGCCCAAGGCCAUUGCAUACAUCCAAUCAUGCAGGCCGCUUCAGAAUGCGACAUAUCUGUCUCCAACAUCUUCGUUGUUGGCACCCAGAAAAAUGCUCCGCCCGUUGACGGUUGUCGAGACUGGUGGACACUGUUAGUCGGUGGAGAAUGUGAUUGGAACAGCACAUCCGAUGAGGGUAAAUCUGUCCAGGAUCGAGUUGCGGUGUAUUCCAUGACCAGUGGGACAACCGGUCUUCCAAAGGCUGCCAUGAUUCCACAUCGCUCGAUUGUUGCACAAAGUGUACUAUUAGAGGGUCAGUUCCAUGCCAGACCUUAUCAGCCAUCGCAACUCAUUUGUCUUCCUGUCUUCCACGCCUUUGCCUCGCCCCUGGCCCUUGUCCUCCCUCUCCGCCUCGGCAUUCAGACCUACUUUCUUCCCAGGUUCGUGCUCGACGAUUUUCUGCAGGCGGUCCACACUUAUUCUAUCACGGACACGCCGCUCGUCCCCCCAAUCAUUGCCUCGUUGAACCGACUUAAUGCUGCGGACCAUCAUCUUCUUGGAAGCCUUCGAUACAUCAUUUGUGCUGGUGCACCCAUGACAGCGAACGUCCAGACCAAGUUGUACAAUAUUUUGACUGAAUCGGCAGUCAUCGCUCAGUGCUGGGGUACAACUGAGGCUGGCUGGCACACCUUGUUCGAUUGGAAGGAAAAGGACACUUCUGGAAGCGUAGGACGGCUGUUGCCAAAUGUCCAGAUGAAGCUGAUCGACGUGGACGGGCUAGGUGUUGGACAAGAAAACAAGCUCGGGGAAGCCUGGAUUCAAUCACCGAUGUUGUUCACUGGUUAUCUGGAGAACCCAAAUGGAACCCAGGAAGCAUUCGACUCGGAAGGUUACUAUCGCACCGGUGACCGUGUCUAUAUCCUCGACGGCAAAGUGUUCUAUGAGGGCAGAAUAAAAGAGAUCAUGAAAGUCAAGGGUUGGCAGGUUUCACCACAAGAACUUGAGACGAUUCUCCUAGAACACCCCAUGAUCCUGGAUGCCGCUGUAGCCGGCAUCACCAGCGAGGAUCAAUUUGGACUUCCGGUGACAUUGCCAUGUGCAUAUGUCGUUCGCGCUCCUGUUGCUUCCGCUGGGCCACAGUCCGAGUGCCCAGCAAUCGAUGGGAAUGGAGCGGGGAUGCCAUUGACGGCGGAAGCUGUCCAGAAACUUGUAUCUGCUAGGCUGAUUUCGUACAAACGGCUCACAGGAGGUGUGGUCUUUGUCAAGGAAAUACCACGUUCCGCGACAGGAAAGAUCAUGCGUCAUCGCCUCUCAGAGAUGAAACUCGACCUUACCGCGAAUUGA